GGCCGGCAAGUUUCAAUCGUUGACAAAUUUUUGAUGGCGCGUAGGUGAUGUGAUUUAUUUCGAGUUUCCGUUCUGGUCCGGCCCCCUCUUAUAAGAAUUCGGGAUGGAGGAAUUUUGAGAAAUAAGUUGUUCCUUUUCCGGUGCGAAAGUUAAGACUUGAGGGGAGGUUUUGUAUACACCACAACAUGCCUUUAGCCGUACUCCCUGCCCAGGUGGCUGAUAUUGAGCCGGUUUAUGACGUAUAUUUUGCUGCGUUUAAGAAUGAACCUAUUAUUGACUUUUUGUAUCCCGGAGGUGUGGAUAGGAAGGCGCAUACAGAGGGCACGAAACAGUGGUGGUCCCAUGAUAGGAUAGGGUAUACGGUCAAAUGCCUUGACACCGACACGGGGGAAAUCGUUGGUAUGGCUACUUGGGAUAUCUUUUGGAAAUCGGGAAAGGAUAAUGGUUGGGAACGACCUGCAGGUAUACCUUGGUUGGAGGGGGAGGAAAAGGCUAGGUGUGAGGAUGUUCUGAACAAUAUGUGGGAUAUAAGAGAUAAGUUAUUUGGAAAACGACAUCGAUAUAUAUACCUCAGUGUAAUAGCCGUGGAUCCAAAACACCAACGCCGCGGCAUUGGACGCUUACUCAUGCAAUGGGGUAUCGAUGUCGCAGAGCAACUUCAACUCCCGAUAUACACAGAGGCGUCGGAAUCAGGGCUGCGCUUAUAUGAGAGCGUCAGGUUCGAGCGGUUGACGCAGGUGAAACUCGUUCAUAAGGAAGAAGUUACCGGCCGGCCAGAUGUUGAGAUACCUCUAGUGGUGAGAAUGCCUAGCUCGGCGAAGGGACUGCGCUUUGAGGAAUGGGUGAAUAAUGGGUACCCGCAAAACUAUCAAAUUCAUGUUAAUGGGAACGGAAAAGUCAACGGCUCAAGUAACCACGAAUAAUAGGUCCGAUUUAGGUCGAACCGAUGUUGUAGUGAAAAGGGGGAUAAUGUUAAGGAUAUAAAAAGGAGUAUUUUAUAGAAACUGAUGAUAGAGUUCUUUUUAGAGUCUCUUUUUCCUCGGAAUCGAAUAUGUGCUGCUGUUUUAUGGGAACUGGAUAUGAUAACUGUUGGGUGAACCAUAGUCGUUGAGACCACCAUUCAUCCACGUAUACCACCAACCCGGCUCCCGGCUGAGUUAAAGGCUAUAACAAGAGGAAGGGGUUAAGGCUGCCGUAUAUAUAAGUCUAGAUAUUAGUAAGC